UGAAGUGGACGGCUGUAUGUAACUCGCUAUCUAAGCUUUUCGAGUUCGAGCUUUUUAUAACCAAUUUGUAUUGAAGUGUUAUCCUCUUUCCGUGCGCUACAUUGUCCUGCGAAUACAAUUAAUAGGUGUUUGUGGCCAGUGUGUCCGAAUAUUAUUUUUAUUCGGUAGUGUGUCUAUUGUUCGACGGUUAAACGUUAACGGUUUUUAAGUGUGCAUAUCGUCGUGGUUCCUUUUCUAAACUUUCGUGAUCGUGUUUAUAAUUCAUCAUCGGAUAUUUCAAUGGAAUGAGUCAAACUGCUUAGUAUCUAAAUAAAUAAACAGGAGCAGCUUGGCGCGGCGUAGCGGGCGGGCCGCGCCAUGGGGAACAAGUGCUGCAGCCGCCGCCACGACCCAGACAGACCACUUGUGUACCCGGCGUACAAGAAGAAUGAGGCGGGCUUCACGACAUGUCCUUCGCUGGAGAACCGCUACACUGGCGAGCCCAACAACCGCGUCGUGUCACGCCGCCCAGCCGACAUCGUGCGUACGCGCAAUCCAGGCACAUGUAUAUCAAACGGCGGUAGACGCGUAGUGAAAGCGCUAUGCGCGUACACGGCGCGCGCCGAGUCCGACAUAUCGUUCCGCAAGGGAGAUCGUAUGGAGGUGCUGAGCGACGCUGAACCAGACUGGUGGCGUGUGCUGCACCUCACUACACGCCGUGAAGGACUCGUGCCAGCCAACUUCGUCGCUGAAGAGAGCUCCGUUGAGUGCGAAGAUUGGUUCUUCCCGCACGUAUCAAGGAAGGAAGCUGACAAAUUACUCUUAGCUGAGACGAAUCCUAGAGGAACGUUCUUAGUGAGACCAGCGGAACACAACCCACAUGGCUUCAGCCUCAGUGUUAAAGACUGGGAGGAGGGCAGAGGUUACCAUGUCAAACAUUACAAGAUCAAGCCCCUAGACAACGGAGGGUUCUACAUCGCCACCAAUCAAACAUUCCCCAGUCUUCCUGCGCUGGUCAUGUCGUACACAAAGAACGCGUUAGGGCUGUGCCACGUGCUCGCGCGGCCGUGCCCCAAGCCGGAGCCGCAGAUGUGGGACCUGGGCCCGGAGCUGCGAGACAAGUGGGAGAUCCCGCGCAGCCAGAUCCAACUCAUCAAGAAGCUCGGCCAAGGCAACUUCGGGGAGGUGUACUACGGCAAGUGGUCCAAUAACAUUGAGGUCGCCGUUAAAACGCUUAGGGAGGGCACGAUGUCGACUCAGGCGUUCCUCCAAGAAGCGGCCAUCAUGAAGAAGUUCCGACACAAGCGACUGGUGGCGCUGUACGCGGUCUGCUCGCAGCAGGAGCCCGUCUACAUCGUGCAGGAGUACAUGUGUAAGGGCUCGUUGCUAGAAUUCCUCAGGAACGGCGACGGGAAGACGCUACAGUUCGAAGACCUAGUCUAUAUCGCGGCACAAGUCGCGUCCGGUAUGGCGUACCUCGAAUCGAAACUCUUAAUACACAGAGAUCUCGCCGCCAGGAACGUGCUAAUAGGAGAGAAUAACGUCGCCAAAAUAUGCGACUUCGGUCUAGCGAGGGUCAUAGAAGAUAACGAAUACUGCCCUAAGCAAGGCUCCAGGUUCCCCGUCAAGUGGACCGCCCCAGAGGCAAUAAUAUACGGAAGAUUCUCCAUCAAGAGUGACGUCUGGUCCUAUGGUAUCCUCCUAAUGGAACUGUUCACGUAUGGACAGAUACCGUACCCUGGACUCCACGGAAAAGAAGUCAUAGAGCAAGUGGAGAGAGGGUACAGAAUGCCUAAACCGGUCGGACAUUACCUCCCGGACGCUAUUUAUGGUCUGAUGCUGCAAUGCUGGGACGCCAUUCCGGAGAAGCGGCCGACCUUCGAGUUUCUCAACCAUUAUUUCGAAUCGUUCACAGUGACCAGUGAGACGCCAUACAGAGAAGUGCAAGACUAGUGCUGUGAUAUAGUGAAUUAGUUUUUGGACUUAUCACAAGUAUCAAGGUGAUAGGUUGAGCGCUUGCUGUGACGGACUGUGCUUAGACUUGUGUCAGUUUGUGCCUCGUGACAGCCAGGCAGGCAGUGUCGCUUGUGAACUGUGAGACAUUUUGGGUAAGGUCCUUUUAGCGAAUUAAGGGAAUUAUGAUGGACAUGUGAUGCUUAUGCUGAUUAAAAUAUAAUUGUGGCUAAUUUAUCUAAGAAGCACCUGUGAUUGUUAUGAAAAUUUAUUCAUACUCUUGUUAGUAUUUUAAAUGAAACUUUUAUACAUUUCUAACCAUUUCUAACAACGGACUCAUGUUACAUAAAUGUGGUCUAAAUAAUUAAACGAAAAGAAACGUAAGAAGUUUUGUUAAUUUGAACUCACACUCCAUUGUAAUUCCUUUUUUUGGUAUUUUUAUACUCGAAUCUUUGACUUAACAAUACAGGAAUGUGUGAGCUUGUCAUUUUUAUUAUCACACCUUUUCUUUAAUUUGUGAUCGGCAGACAUAUAAAGGGCUUAACGAUGAAAGCAAAAGCACACACGUAAAUAAACAAGGAUAAUUUGUGUUUAAGGAAAUCAUAGUCUUGUAAAUUACACUUUAUAUUUUCUUAUUUAUUAGCAUUAGCUUAAGCACAGUUUAGGAUAUUGUUUUGCGCAAUGUACAAAACUGUUUUGUAACGAAUAAGCAAUAAGAUAUAAAACUAAAUGAGAUUGCGAUAUUUUCAUAUUCUAAAGUGAAAUGUGAUAUCUUUUUUAUAUCACUUAAGUCUUUAAAGAUCGAUCUCAGUCCCAUACUCGACGUAAUUCCAUAAAAAUUGUAUAAAGAUGUCAUAGUGUUAACAUUCCUUCAAAUGUAUGAACAAGUGUUAGUACCGUUUUUUCCAAAAACAAAAUUUUUAAACAGCCUUU